AUGAUGGAAGCAGAUGAAUCUUUCGACACCGACUUAGAGGGAAACAUCGUUUUCGAAGAACUUGAGAUCGCCGAGGGAAAUGACGAGGUUGAGAAUUCAGGAAAGUCAGUUCAGGAUAUUUACCUUGAGGCAUGUAAGAAUAAUGAAGUUUUUCCCUCAUCCAGAUUCUUGAAACAAUGCUUAACUGAGAGCGUCGAUCUGAGCCAUUACGGCCUCGGAAAUCCUGGCACAAGAGCCGUUUGCACAGCUUUGGAAAAAUGCUCAAAUGUAAUAAACUUACAACUUCAAGACAAUGACAUUAAUGACAAGGGAAUCGUGUCAAUCGCAAAGAUGCUGAAAAGAAAUGUUCAUAUAGUCAGGGUGGAUCUGUUGGGGAACCAUAUUGGCAAAGGAGGUACUGAUGAACUAGGGGAUAUGUUACUGCAGAACAACACCCUGAAAGAAUUAAACCUUAGCAAGUGUAGUUUGCAAGGGAAAAACUUCGUUGUUUUUUGUAAUUCAAUUAGGAUAGAUGCCCCCUUGACGUAUUUGAAUUUGUCAUACAACGACCUUGGUGACAAAGGGGCGUCGUUGCUUGGGUCGGUCAUCAAGUGGAACACAGUCCUAGUCACUCUGGACAUCAGUUGGAACAGCAUUCGGGUCGAAGGGGCUCGGGUCUUGGCUGAGGGAUUAAAAAUGAAUACUCGCCUCAGAGAGAUGAAUAUUAGCUGGAAUGGCCUUCUUGAUAAUGGCAUUGUAUCUAUGCAAGAUGCAUUGUCGUGCAACCAGACGCUCAAAGUCCUGGACAUCAGCAGUAAUUGCAUCUCCAAUAAAGGCGUUGCUUCCAUUGCGAAGUUUUUGAGGACGAACAAAUGCUUAGAAAUUUUGAAAACUGGGCGGAAUCCAUUCCAAAGCUUCGGUGCCUGUAUUCUCUUGCAGGCAAUAAGGAAAAAUCUAUCGAGCGCUUUGAGAGAGUUGCAAAUGGACGAUAUAGUCUUUGACAAGGAUUGCUCCCGAGAGCUUGAACUUCUGCUGGAAGGAAGGCCAUAUUUCACGUGUUCCUGGGAUAUCAGCAUAAAGGGAGAGCGCAAAUCGGACGAGAUCAAGAAUACGACUGAUAUUUUUGAUGUCUACUUGGCCUUCGUUCGCACUCGAGGGCUACGCUUGAUCGAACUGUUUAAGAUUUUAUCAAAAGACCGCGAUGGUGGCAAGCUCAGUAAAGAGGACUUUGUAAGUGGAAUGAAGAAGUUAAAUGCGCCAUUUCAUGACAUGAAGUUAAGGGAACUGUUUGAUAGAAUGGACCUAAACGGUAAUGGUGUCAUCAAGUUUCAAGAUUUCGUUGUUUGUUCCCGUGGACGGUAUUCACAUUUAGGACGAAAAAUUUCAGCAGCAACCGUUAACUUAUAA